CGCCCCCGCGCGGCACCAUGAGCCAGAACCUGUGCGGGGCGCUGGGGCAGCGCCGGCCCGCCGCGCCCCCGCGCCUUCCCCCCCUGGGCCUGGCGCCCCCUGGCCGCCUGCAGCCGCUGCCCGCCGCCGAGCCGCUGGGCGGGGUGCCCUUCCUGCUGUACCCCGCGCCCGCCGAGCCGCCCUUCUACGACGCGUACGCUGGCGUGCUGCCCUACGCGCCCUUCCCCGGCGGCCUGGGCGCCGACUACCCCUUCGAACCCGCCUUCAUCCAGAAGCGCAACGAGCGCGAGCGGCAGCGCGUGCGCUGCGUCAACGAGGGCUACGCGCGGCUGCGCGGUCACCUCCCGGGCGCGCUGGCCGAGCGGCGGCUCAGCAAGGUGGAGACGCUGCGCGCCGCCAUCCGCUACAUCAAGCACCUGCAGGAGCUGCUGGGCGCCCCGACCCCCGCGCCCGACGGCGCUGCGCCCCCCAGCCCACCCGCAGGGCCGCCCAGCCCGCCCCGCCUGGAGUCCCAGGAAUCCCGUCGCUGAGGGGCCCCGGGGGUGCAGGCCGCUGACACGUGGGGUCCCGGGGUGCCAGGCAGACCCUCCCCCCUUUCCCCUUCGUCUCCGUUUGGAGCGAGGGUGCGGGCCAGCGGGAACAGGAGCUGGAGGAGUUCGGUGGGCGCAGUGAGAAGCAGCUCAGCUCCUCCACCCCCGCAAACUACGGGGCGCCCCCUCCAGGCUGCAACCAGGGGACAACCCAGGAUGACACCCGGCGUCUGGCUCCGCACACGGGGAAGGCGAGUCCAGGCUCCUGGCUUCGUCCUGGUGGCAGCCCUGUGUCCCCAGGAAGCGAGGCGCCUCGAGGGGCCUCAUACUGAGAUUGCUGGGGGGCGGGAGGAACCCCCGAUUUGCAGGCCCCAGGCCAGACAGGACCCCCAGACCUGCUUCCAAUGUGGAGGGAUGGGGAAACCCCCCCUCCGCACCUGCCUCUCCCCAGGAGGGCAGGCUCCUGGGGCUGGGGCUGCAUGGGUAUCUUGGCUCGGUGGGCGCCCACACCGGGGCCUAAAUAAAAG